AUGAAUGGAUUCGUAGAUCGCGGUCUGGACGACUCCAAUUUCGGCGAGAAGACUGCGCUCAGCUCGUUUGACGCUUUCCCCAAGACCAAAUCCUCGUAUACGCAACGAACAGAGACCGGUGGCAUCUGGACAGUGGGACUUAUAGCCGCUUCGGUGUUCCUAGCAUGGAGCGAACUGGCAAGAUGGUGGUCAGGCGAAACGACGCAUGCGUUCGCGGUGGAGCAAGGAGUUGGACAUGAUUUGCAAAUCAACCUCGACAUCGUCGUGGCGAUGCAAUGCGCGGAUGUACAUGUGAACGUGCAAGAUGCGUCAGGAGAUCGGGUCAUGGCUGGUACAGCCCUUCACAAAGAUCCCACGUUCUGGAAGUCGUGGGGUCGAGGAGCACAUGCUUUGGCUGCUGAGAAAGAGCAACGGAUGGAGCAGGCAGGGCAGAGACGGGAGUAUCAAGAGGAGGAUGUGCAUGACUAUCUGGGCGCGGCGCAGAAGAGCAAGAAGUUCAAGAAGACGCCGAAGCUUCCCUGGGGACAAACUGCGGAUAGCUGCAGGGUAUACGGGAGUCUGCAUGGCAAUAAAGUGCAGGGAGACUUCCACAUUACCGCGCGAGGACAUGGCUACAUGGAGUUUGGAGCACAUUUGGAUCACAAUGCAUUCAACUUCAGCCACUACAUCAAUGAGCUCUCCUUCGGCCCCUUCUACCCAUCCCUCACCAACCCCCUCGACAACACCUACGGCCUCACCGAAUCCCACUUCUACAAAUUCCAAUACUACACCUCCAUCGUCCCAACAAUCUACACCACCGACGCCAAAGCCCUGCGCAAGAUCGACAAAUACCACGAAUCGCCAUCGUCAGGGGAGGACGGCCUCAAUCAACACCCGCACCGCCUCAGCAAGAACAGCGUCUUCACGAACCAGUACGCUGUUACCGAACAGUCGCAUGCAGUCGCAGAGAAUGCUGUACCGGGGAUUUUCGUCAAGUUCGAUAUUGAGCCUAUCCAGCUCACGAUCGCGGAAGAGUGGAGCUCAAUACCAGCAUUGUUCAUCAGGCUGGUCAACGUCGUUUCUGGUUUGCUGGUGGCUGGAGGCUGGUGCUUCCAGAUCAGCGAGUGGUCGAGGGAGGUGAUCGGAAGGCGGAACAAGAGGACUGAUAGUUUUGGUAUGCUCAAUGGGAACCACGGCGAGAAACGAGCGCUAUAG